GGGCGUGUUUGUUCAGGACCCUGAUAGUGCAAUGUGGACAUCAGGUGGAGCAACCUUGCAGGUACUGACAAGGUCUAGUCCGUGCCAGCCACAUCAGACAGCUAGCUAGCCCACUCCAUAUGUUUACCCAACCCUGUGUGUGUUACCGGAUGUUACUCUACAGAACACCCUUUCUUCAUCCUCCCUCCCCUCCCUCCCUUGACCACCCAGCAGCCAUGUCACUCCAACCUGGUAUGCCCGACUGUGGCCUCCAGUACAUACCUCCAUCUGCAGACAGUCGCAGUCACGCCCUGCCCCUCGGCACUCACUCGUGUAAUCAGGCUGUGGCAGUGAUAUAUCAUAUCUAUUCAUAGCAGUGUCUCAUGUAUAUUGGGCUCAAAGUGCAAGUCAUGCUGCCACUGUGGACCACAUGGACAGAAAGCAAGCUUACUGUAUGGAGACGAUGUUUGAUUGUAAAGCCCAGUUGGUUGACUAUCUCCGUGUGAUUGGUGAGUGUGAUAGGGCAGCGAUGUGCGAGUGUUCACCGAGGCAUGAGGGACUGGGCAGUACAGGUGUGUACAUCCAUCCCCGACAUCACUGCCUCGGGGGAUAGGAUGAUCUCCUUCGGCAGUGUUGUGAUGGUGACCUCGCACAUUCCUGAUGACGAUAAUACAGGCUCCAUGCAUGCCGACAGGCCUGAGGAACAAGGACAGAACAGGUGGACAGACAGACUUGUAGGCAGGGACACACAGGUAGAUGGAUGCACAGACAGGCUUGAAGAACAAGGACAGACACAUGUUUACAGGUGGACAGACAGACUUGUAGGCAGGGACACACAGAUAGAUGGAUGCACAGACAGGCGUGAGGUACAAGGACAGAACAGGUGGACAGAUAGACUUGUAGGCAGGGACACACAGGUAGAUGGAUGCACAGACAGGCUUGAAGAACAAGGACAGAGACAUAUUUACAGGUGGACAGACAGACUUGUAGGCAGGGACACACAGAUAGAUGGAUGCACAGACAGGCUUGAAGAACAAGGACAGACACAUGUUUACAGGUGGACAGACAGACUUGUAGGCAGGGACACACAGAUAGAUGGAUGCACAGACAGGCUUGAGGUACAAGGACAGAACAGGUGGACAGACAGACUUGUAGGCAGGGACACACAGAUAGAUGGAUGCACAGACAGGCUUGAAGAACAAGGACAGAACAGGUGGACAGACAGACUUGUAGGCAGGGACACACAGAUAGAUGGAUGCACAGACAGGCUUGAAGAACAAGGACAGAACAGGUGGACAGACAGACUUGUAGGCAGGGACACACAGAUAGAUGGAUGCACAGACAGGCUUGAAGAACAAGGACAGAACAGGUGGACAGACAGACUUGUAGGCAGGGACACACAGAUAGAUGGAUGCACAGACAGGCUUGAAGAACAAGGACAGAACAGGUGGACAGACAGACUUGUAGGCAGGGACACACAGAUAGAUGGAUGCACAGACAGGCUUGAAGAACAAGGACAGAACAGGUGGACAGACAGACUUGUAGGCAGGGACACACAGAUAGAUGGAUGCACAGACAGGCUUGAGGAACAAGGACAGAGACAUAUUUACAGGUGGACAGACAGACUUGUAGGCAGGGACACACAGAUAGAUGGAUGCACAGACAGGCUUGAGGAACAAGGACAGAGACAUAUUUACAGGUGGACAGACAGACUUGUAGGCAGGGACACACAGAUAGAUGGAUGCACAGACAGGCUUGAAGAACAAGGACAGAGACAUAUUUACAGGUGGACAGACAGACUUGUAGGCAGGGACACACAGAUAGAUGGAUGCACAGACAGGCUUGAAGAACAAGGACAGAACAGGUGGACAGACAGACUUGUAGGCAGGGACACACAGGUAGAUGGAUGCACAGACAGGCUUGAGGAACAAGGACAGAGACAUAUUUACAGGUGGACAGACAGACUUGUAGGCAGGGACACACAGGUAGAUGGAUGCACAGACAGGCUUGAAGAACAAGGACAGAGACAUAUUUACAGGUGGACAGACAGACUUGUAGGCAGGGACACACAGAUAGAUGGAUGCACAGACAGGCCUGAGGAACAAGGACAGAACAGGUGGACAGAUAGACUUGUAGGCAGGGACACACAGGUAGAUGGAUGCACAGACAGGCUUGAAGAACAAGGACAGACACAUGUUUACAGGUGGACAGACAGACUUGUAGGCAGGGACACACAGAUAGAUGGAUGCACAGACAGGCGUGAGGUACAAGGACAGAACAGGUGGACAGAUAGACUUGUAGGCAGGGACACACAGGUAGAUGGAUGCACAGACAGGCCUGAGGAACAAGGACAGAGACAUAUUUACAGGUGGACAGACAGACUUGUAGGCAGGGACACACAGAUAGAUGGAUGCACAGACAGGCUUGAGGUACAAGGACAGAACAGGUGGACAGACAGACUUGUAGGCAGGGACACACAGGUAGAUGGAUGCACAGACAGGCUUGAGGAACAAGGACAGAGACAUAUUUACAGGUGGACAGACAGACUUGUAGGCAGGGACACACAGAUAGAUGGAUGCACAGACAGGCUUGAAGAACAAGGACAGACACAUGUUUACAGGUGGACAGAUAGACUUGUAGGCAGGGACACACAGAUAGAUGGAUGCACAGACAGGCUUGAAGAACAAGGACAGACACAUGUUUUCAGGUGGACAGACAGACUUGUAGGCAGGGACACACAGGUAGAUGGAUGCACAGACAGGCUUGAAGAACAAGGACAGACACAUGUUUACAGGUGGACAGACAGACUUGUAGGCAGGGACACACAGAUAGAUGGAUGCACAGACAGGCUUGAGGUACAAGGACAGAGACAUAUUUACAGGUGGACAGACAGACUUGUAGGCAGGGACACACAGGUAGAUGGAUGCACAGACAGGCUUGAGGUACAAGGACAGAGACAUAUUUACAGGUGGACAGACAGACUUGUAGGCAGGGACACACAGGUAGAUGGAUGCACAGACAGGCUUGAGGUACAAGGACAGAACAGGUGGACAGACAGACUUGUAGGCAGGGACACACAGGUAGAUGGAUGCACAGACAGGCUUGAAGAACAAGGACAGAACAGGUGGACAGAUAGGCUUGUAGGCAGGGACACACAGGUAGAUGGAUGCACAGACAGGCUUGAGGUACAAGGACAGAGACAUGUUUACAGGUGGACAGAUAGACUUGUAGGCAGGGACACACAGGUAGAUGGAUGCACAGACAGGCUUGAGGUACAAGGACAGAGACAUGUUUACAGGUGGACAGACAGACUUGUAGGCAGGGACACACAGGUAGAUGGAUGCACAGACAGGCUUGAAGAACAAGGACAGAGACAUAUUUACAGGUGGACAGACAGACUUGUAGGCAGGGACACACAGGUAGAUGGAUGCACAGACAGGCUUGAGGUACAAGGACAGAGACAUGUUUACAGGUGGACAGACAGACUUGUAGGCAGGGACACACAGGUAGAUGGAUGCACAGACAGGCUUGAGGAACAAGGACAGAACAGGUGGACAGAUAGACUUGUAGGCAGGGACACACAGGUAGAUGGAUGCACAGACAGGCUUGAAGAACAAGGACAGACACAUGUUUACAGGUGGACAGACAGACUUGUAGGCAGGGACACACAGAUACAUGGAUGCACAGACAGGCUUGAAGAACAAGGACAGAACAGGUGGACAGACAGACUUGUAGGCAGGGACACACAGAUAGAUGGAUGCACAGACAGGCUUGAGGAACAAGGACAGAACAGGUGGACAGAUAGACUUGUAGGCAGGGACACACAGGUAGAUGGAUGCACAGACAGGCUUGAAGAACAAGGACAGACACAUGUUUACAGGUGGACAGACAGACUUGUAGGCAGGGACACACAGGUAGAUGGAUGCACAGACAGGCUUGAGGUACAAGGACAGAGACAUGUUUACAGGUGGACAGACAGACUUGUAGGCAGGGACACACAGGUAGAUGGAUGCACAGACAGGCUUGAAGAACAAGGACAGAGACAUAUUUACAGGUGGACAGACAGACUUGUAGGCAGGGACACACAGGUAGAUGGAUGCACAGACAGGCUUGAGGUACAAGGACAGAGACAUGUUUACAGGUGGACAGACAGACUUGUAGGCAGGGACACACAGAUAGAUGGAUGCACAGACAGGCGUGAGGUACAAGGACAGAACAGGUGGACAGAUAGACUUGUAGGCAGGGACACACAGGUAGAUGGAUGCACAGACAGGCUUGAGGUACAAGGACAGAGACAUGUUUACAGGUGGACAGACAGACUUGUAGGCAGGGACACACAGAUAGAUGGAUGCACAGACAGGCGUGAGGUACAAGGCGAACACACCUCUACAGGUGGACAUAGACUGACGUUUAGUCCCAGAAUAAAGUUAUCUUAUUUAUAAAUAUAUAUCUACAAAAUAAGAAUAA